UGGUUAUUUUUCUUUGUUUGCUGAAGCGGGUCCGGAGCGGCGGGUUGUCUGUGGGAUCCGGAUCGGGAGAGGGUCCUCGCCCCCCGGGGCGGGGGGGUCGGAUGAUUCUCUGCGGAGCGGGACCGACAAGAUCCAUGCGGCUAGAUCUGCGGUGAGAGAUUUAUUGGAAGAAAAGCCCACAAUUGGAAGCAAACCAGAACUGAGGACGAGGGAAAAUCAACAAGUGAACCAGCACGAAGACUGAGAGCACCGACUGGAGAGAACACAUCUGACUCGGAGAUUCCGGUGAUUCAGUCAGGAGAAAGUUUGAUAAUCACCGGCAGGUGGAGCAUUUCUGCACCGGGACCAAAGAGUAAACAAAAAAUCAACAACCAGGAAUCGUCAGUCGGAUUCAGAAUGACUACAGGUGGGAAAUUAAAUUGGGUACAGAAAUUACUCAAGAGGUUGUCACUAGGCAGCUCAUCGAGUGUGGAUGAUCGGGACACCGGAAACAAUGCACCAGAGCAGGGUGAGACUGAGAGCAAUGUCCCAGUUGAAUGCAGUCCGGCCGCAGAGGAGGGUGAGCAAAAUCAGCUCAGAGACAGUGACGUCAGAGACACUGGAACCAGCACAAGUGAGGCGACUGUCUGUCAACUCGGAAGCUCAUCAAACAUGGAAUUGCCAUGUCUCCAACAAGGAAUGGAGCAUCAAAAUCGAAUCACACCUGUCCUCAAAAUGGCACAAGGAGCGGGCAUCGGAAGAGUUCCAGUGCAGUCAACAUCGGGAAAGGUCACGGGUCGGAGCUCAGCGAUCACCGAGCUCCUGGCAAGCUGGGACGAUUCGCAACUGCUGCAGUUGACGGAUUUCUACUGGGACAGGCUGGAGCAGGCGAUGGAAGGAGGGGUGCACCGAGUGAGCCUGGCGUUAACGGCCGAGAAUCAGUUCAGCGGAGAGGAACAUCGGAAAAUCUCUGAUCUGGCUGAUAAGGGAGAGCGGGCAGACAGUUCUAAACUCCUCCUGAGCCUGGUGAUGGAGAAAGGCUUCCGCGCCCAGAGAGUGAUGUGGAAAACCUUUGUGAAAAUGCGGAUUGGUGUCCCAAAGUUUGACAAAAUACUGAAAGAAAUACAGGCACAUGGUUGUGUUCCGGUCCAUCGACCCGUACCGGAGAUUCCCAGGGAACUGAAAGAUGUUCAACAGAAACACAAGGAGACUCUGCGGGCACAAACUGAAACACUGAGAGUGAACACGAUCCUGAUGAGGGAGAAGGUGAAGGUUUUCCAGCUGGUUGAUCGAUACGCUGAGCUCACGGUCAUUUCUACUGUUCGAGAUCGGACACUGGUGGAACAUGAGCUGCUGGCAAGAGGCAGAGACCAUGAGGAGUGGAGAGAAAGCCAUCUCGGCGCACAACUGGAGAAAAUCAGGAUGCAUCAGCUGUUCCAGAGCAGCUUUUCCCGGAAUAACUCCACAUCUGGGAGUUCGGCAGCAGUGGCCGGAGUCCCGGGAAUCGGGAAAACAACAAUGGUACAAAAGCUUGUUUAUGACUGGGCCACGGGGAAAAUAUACCAACAGUUCCAUUUUGCCUUCAGUUUCAAAUUCCGGGAUUUAAACUCCAUUAACUGCAGAACAAACCUGAAGGAACUGAUUCUGGAUCAGUAUCCUUACUUUGGGAAUUUCCUGAGAGAGGUCUGGAAGAACCCAGAGGGAUUGCUGUUUAUAUUCGAUGGCUUGGAUGAAUUCAAACACAGAAUCGAUUUUGCUGACAGUCGGAGAGAUACAGAACCCAAGCACCAGUGCCCAGAUCCCGAGUGGUGGUGUGAAGUGUCUGACAUUGUGUACAGUUUAAUCCAGGGCAAGCUGCUCCCAGGGUGUUCAGUGCUGGUGACCACCCGCCCCACUGCGUUAUAUUUAUUGGAAAAGGCUGAGAUCAGUGUUUGGGCUGAAAUCCUGGGAUUUGAUGAGGAGGAACGGAAGGAAUAUUUCAUCAGGCAUUUUGAAGAUCAGACGGUGGCAGCGGCUAUUUUCAAACACAUGAAGGAUAACGAGAUCCUGUACAUUAUGAGCUACAACCCCUCCUACUGCUGGAUCCUCGCUCUCGUACUGGGCCCCUUCUUCACACAAAGAGUCAGGGACCCGCAGCGAGUUCCGAAGACCAUCACCCAACUGUACUCCUACUAUAUUUACAACAUCCUGAAAAACCACGGCCGUGAGAUUGAGAGACCCCGUGAUGUGUUAUUCAGGGUUGGUCAGAUGGCCUUCAGAGGAGUGUCCGAGAGGAAGAUUGUGUUUACAGAUGGAGAUUUGAUCAAGUUCAAUCUGCAGCCUUCCCAGUUCCUGUCCGGGUUCCUGAUGGAGCUUUUGGAGAGAGAGGAUUCUGCCCGGAACGUGGUGUACACAUUCCCACACCUCACCAUCCAAGAGUUUGUAGCUGCAGUCGCACAAUUCCUGAAUCCACAUCCCGGGGAUAUCCUGAAAUUCCUCACUGAAGUCCACAGCACGACAGAUGGGCGAUUUGAGGUAUUCCUCCGUUUUGUUGCUGGUCUCUCCUCCCCAAUGACAGUUCGGGGACUGGAGGAGUUUCUGGGUCCAUUUCCUCAUCAAACAACCUGCCGGGUGAUUGACUGGGUGAAGGAGGAGGUUAAACGCCAGAUUGGAAACACAUGGAGUGAAGCUGGUAAAAGGAGCCUCCUGAACACAUUGCACUACCUGUUUGAGUCUCAGAAUCGUGGACUGGCCCAGGCCGCACUGGGAUCUGUGGAAACACUUUCCUUUGGUGGAAUGACACUGACCCCGAUUGACUGCGCGGUCCUGUCUCAUGUCAUCGGACUCUGUGAUACAAUAAAAGAGCUCGACCUGCGGAGCUGCCAAAUUCAGGGUGAAGGAAUCCAGCGGCUGGGGCCCGGGCUGUACAAGUGCCAGGAGUUGAGAUACCCAGACCCCAUGGGUACAUCUCGUCUCCCGAUUCUGGGCCUCAGUUCUCUCAUCGCCAGGCUGAUCGAUGUCGGUCUCACAGAUUCUGGCGUCGAGGAUCUAGCCUCCGCUCUGAGUACGAACACAUCACUGAUGGAGCUGGACAUGAGUGAGAAUGAACUGGGAGAUGCAGGAGUGAAAAUUGUGUCUGCGGCUCUGAGGAACCCGGAGUGUAAAAUACAGAAACUGCGUACAAACCCGUCACUGACUGAGCUGGACCUGAGUAAUACUGAACUAGGAGAUUCGGGCGUGAAACUGGUGUCUGCGUCUCUGAGGAACCCGGACUGUAAAAUACAGAGACUGUGGCUGGACGGUGUCGGUCUCACAGAUUCUGGUGCCGAGGAUCUCACCUCUGCUCUCAGUACAAACCCAUCACUGAUGGAGCUGCAACUGACUGGUAAUAAACUCGGAGAUUCAGGAGUGAAACUGGUGUCUGCGGCUCUGAGGAACCCGGAGUGUAAAAUACAGACACUGUGCCUGAGGGAUGUCGGUCUCACAGAUUCUGGUGCUGAGGAUCUCGUCUCUGCUCUCAGUAUAAACCCAUCACUGAUGGAGCUGGACCUGAGUAAUAAUGAACUGGGAGAUACAGGAGUGAAACUGGUGUCUGCGGCUCUGAGGAACCCGGAGUGCAAAAUACAGAAACUGGUGCUGAAUUAUGUCGGUCUCACAGAUUCUGGUGCCGAGGAUCUCGCCUCCGCUCUCAGUACAAACCCAUCACUGACGCAGCUGGACCUGAGUGGUAAUAACCUGGGAGAUUCCGGAGUGAAACUUAUGUCUGUGGCUCUGAGGAAACCGGAGUGUAAAAUACAGAAACUGGGGCUGAAACAUAUCGGUCUCACAGAUUCUGGUGCCGAGGAUCUCGUCUCCGCUCUCAGUACAAACCCAUCACUGACGGAGCUGAAUUGGGGAUUAAACUGGUUGACAGAUCGAUCUUUCCCCGCUCUCCGCCGCCUCAUACUGAACCUCCCGAGUCUGAAGUGGAUCGGGCUGGGAUCGAAUCGGUUCAGUCGGACCGGGCAGAAGGAACUGAAAUCUCUUCAGGAACCCAAACCCAGACUGACAGUGGAGCUGUGAACAUCUGAAUGUGUGAACAUCCCCGCCCGCGGGAUGGCAACAUUUUGGCCGAUUCUCCGCCCUCCCCUUUAACACCCACCAUCCCCUUUAACUCACCUUCCCCUUUAACUCCCCCUCUCCUUUAACUCCCGCUCUUACCUUUAAGGGGCGAGCGCCAGGGGUAAUUCCCAACGGGUUUAACAGAACCAUCGCCAGUCUCGUGCUCGGUGACAUCGGAAGCGGUCCACUGUGAGGUAUUUCCGCCUGUUGUCCAGCAGCGCAGAUUCAGCUGGAUGUGUGAAUUCGAGACUCCCGCAUGUGAGAUCCCGGGGAAUUACACAGACAAAAAGAGACCGGGGUCAGGGGUUCCGUCUGGGACACCGGUGUCCCAGGGUGGGAUUAUCCCGGGAGAGAAUCCUUUUGCUCCCUUGGCUGAGGAUGGUGCAUUCGGCAGCCUGGUCGAUAUAAUGAUGUUAAAUGGACAAAUCCAUCGGCAGUGACCCUGGAUCUGCAGCGAUCCUGGACACGGCCCUGAAGUGUGAUUUUAUAAUCAUCGGUUCCCCGGUGCAGUGACGGUGAGAAACGGGACUGAUUAUUCAAACUGUCACUCGUUGUCGCCGGUCAGUUAAUUGCGUGUGACUUUGAGAGAGUCGGGAGCAGCUUAUUUAUUCCCGCAAGUCAGCAGCUCACACAUUGUUUAAUUUACAUUUCCCAUGAUGAAAUCAAUAAACCGCUGUA